AUGGUAGUUUUGAGUCGCGUGGGGUCGCCGACGAUGUCAGCGACUGUCGCCGGCAACCAACAGCAACAUCAUCCUCAUCAAGAGUGGGACAUAAACGAUUCGAACGUUCCAAGGGUAGUAGAAUACGAUUCCUGGUGCGAAUGGGCGGACGGACAUGUGAGGAGAGUCUAUGGACCGGAUUGCGAGGAAGCAAGGAGGCACGCCUCCGGUUGGGCGAUGAGAAACACUAACAAUCACAACGUAAGCAUUUUGAAGAAGAGUUGCCUGGGCGUUCUGGUGUGUUCGCAGGAGUGCAUACUGCCCGGCGGUGGAAGGGUUCACCUCCGACCGGCGAUCUGCGAUAAGGCCAGAAAGAAGCAACAGGGCAAACCGUGCCCCAAUAGACAGUGCACCGGUCGUUUAGAGAUACUAUCGUGUCGCGGUCAUUGCGGUUAUCCCGUGACGCACUUUUGGCGGCACACGGAGCAUGCGAUUUUCUUCCAAGCCAAGGGCCAGCACGACCAUCCGCGACCGGAGGCGAAAUCUACAUCGGAGGCGCGAAGAAGCGUGGGUGCCGGUAGGAGGGUCAGAGGAUUGGCAGUGCUUUUAGCGAGAGAGGCCGCUCUAGGCUCCAAGUUAAUGUCACUGAGAGGAAGUAAAAGAUCAAGCACGGAUACGCUCGAGCAGUCAUCGAGAACGACGCAACCACCUCCAUUGAUCUCUGAUAAAGGAUACUCAUGUUCGUGCCCGCCCUUCGAGUGCAUGUGCUCGCUGCAGACGAAUGUACCGUCGUAUCCACAGUCUCAUCAUCAUCAAACAACGAUAUAUCCUCAACAGUUGCCUCCCACAGACGGACCUUAUUGGCUGCAGGAUGUUCCGCCACAAGAAAACCCCGUUGGUUACUGUUUGCCAAAUCAGGUUCCUCAAGAAGCGUCUUAUGGCGACUUUCCACCUUUCACAGGCGAUCUCUUUCAACCGGAAGAAAUCUUUCAACUGGAUCAACCCUUGAGGCCGGAUUUUUCAGCGAAUCUCCAGGACGUAGCUCGUUCACCCCCAACUUUACUCGACCUCGGCAGCGGAACCAUUAAGUACGAAAUGAAACAAAAUCAAGAUCAGGGUUACUGGAACCAGUUUCUCAGCGAAGACUCCAGCAGCAGUCACCUGAGUCUGCCUCAGGAUGAGAGACUCCAUUUCGCCAACUUCGAGCCUGAGAAAGUCUCUAACGGCUUUACUUCCAGGCGAACGAUGCAUCAGCAUCAUUAUGUUCAAGAAAAGAAUCAAAAUCAGCCCGCAAGCAACGUUUUGAGCUACCAAAAUUAUCCCCGAUCGCAGAGUCAAAAAGGUUUUAUCGAUGGAAACACAAAAGAUGAACAUGAGCAAUCUUAUUGGCCUCAAGAUCAACAAGAUAACAGACUACAUUUGGAAAAUUUCGAAGUCAAGGAGGAAGAUCUCUUAUCUUCACGUAGAGAAGUCGAGUGCUACAAGAACAGUUGUCAACCUCCGAUGGUGAGCAGAACGGAAUACAGCCUCUAUCAAAAACCGAAGAGUGAAGAUCUACAGGAGACAGUGCGACGCAACUGUAGCCCCGAAAGCAAACCGUAUCAUCCUUUCGAUAGUUAUCACCAAAUGUUCGAACACGGUGAUGCUAAAAACCAGCCACAUAACCGCGUCAUUCAUCAAAAUUCGAUCCGGACGAAUCUGGACGAAAGACUUCAGAGUUGUUACGGCAAUCAAGAGACAUCGGAAACUACAGAAAAGCUGUUUCACAACUCUGGCAUAGCGGAAACGUCGGUUCAAUCUCGAAAUAGUCCCGAAUCCUUCUUCUAUCCCAGCAAUGAACGUUGUCAUUACACCUGUGAGAUCCUUGAACGGGUGCCACAGAUGAUGAGCGCCGGACCGGCUCACGGAACAGUUAACAGCUACAGCGAUCCGGCUACCACUGACUUGGAUUUGCCGCCCUUUGUAGAUUAUACACUAGUCGGGAUGCUGUGCAGCUCCACGGACGAGGAGACGACGAACCUGCUGCCAGGAUGUCCUCAGGACUCGCACAACUACAUUCCUCAUCAUUAG